AUGUUGGCGCGAAUCCAUGGGGUUUGUGGCAUGAGCACUCCAUUUGGCAGUCCCUCCAAGGCUCAGGGUGCCCACCUCUCCUUCCUGGUAGCUCUGGAUCCCUCAGGACGGGAUUUCUUCAUCUCGGCAGCCUUUUCCCUGUUUGGCAGCAUCAAAGACCCCUACCUCCUCAAGUUCAUCUGCUCCCAGAUCACGGAGAUGUCACGGGACUUCAAGCGAAGAGCCGAGGGCUACGGAGCCCCUGUUAACAUUUUUGAUGUACAGAAAUUCUGUGAGCGUGAAUGGCCAACAUUCCCGCAGAUCAAGGAGGCUGAGAGGAAGCCCCUUGUCCUCCCACCUCCGCCAGAAGACCCCAUCCAGGCAGAGACACCCCCGUAUCUGUCAGCCCUGAUGGCGGCGCCCCCUGAAGAUCCUCUGAGUCCAUCUCAUACCCGCAGUGGGGCAGAGUACCGACCCUCACAUUCAGCCCCCUCUCCGGACUCCUCUGGAGCCCUGAUGUUGCCUUUGUACCAGAUGGCCAUUCCCAAGGGGGAGGAAAGGGCGGCACUUAACCCUGCUACCUUGUUGCCUGAUGACGACCCCGAGCAGCCGCUCCAUGACUGCACUGAAACCCUGUCCUCACUCAAGAAGCUUCAGAAUCUUCGAGAGGACCUGAUGGACCAGCCCCUGCCAGACCCUGACGAGACCCUAUAUACACUGAUGGAAGCAGCUUUGUGGUCGACAGGACCAGCUCUGCGCCCUCCAGGCCCCUCGGAUCGCCACUUUCCUGCAGAGCCUCCAAGCAGCGCCAGUCUCCUCUUCCUCCAGAUCUCCUCCUUUGCCAACAGCAGCUGGACGCGCACCGACGGCUCUUUCUGGCUGGGGGCGCUGCAGACCCACUCUUGGAGCGAUGGCUCAGACAUCAGCUUCCUGAGGCCCUGGUCCCAGGGCAAGUUAAGCGACCAUCAGUGGGAGCAGCUGCAGCAAGUGUUCUGGGUGUACCGGAGCAGCUUCACCAGGGACAUCCGGGGAUUCGCCAAAAUGCUGCACGUGGACUAUCCUUUUGUGGUCCAGAUGUCUGCUGGGUGUGAGGUGCACCCUGGGAGCCCCCUAAAAAGCUUCUUCCGCUGGGCAUUUCAAGGAAGCGAUAUAUUGAGUUUCCAGGGAACUUCUUGGGUGCCAGCCCCCGAUGCCCCACAUUGGGCCGAGGUGGUCAGCAACAAGCUCAACAAGGACCAAUACAUCAGGGACACAUUACAGUGGCUCCUCAGUGACAUUUGCCCCCAGUUAGUCACGGGCCUCCUUGAAGCAGGAAAGCAGGAUGUGGAGAAGCAAGUGAAGCCCGAGGCCUGGCUGUCCAGUGGCCCCCCUCCUGGCCCUGGCCGUCUGCUGCUGGUGUGCCACGUCUCAGGAUUCUACCCAGAGCCUGUGUGGGUGAGGUGGAUGCGAGGUGAGCAGGAGCAGCCGGGCUCUCAGCAAGGGGACGUCCUGCCCAAUGCUGACGGGACGUGGUCUCUCCGAGUGACCCUGGACGUGGCGGCUGGGGAGGCAGCCGGCCUGACCUGCCGAGUGAGACACAGCAGCCUCGGAGGCCAGGACAUCUUCCUCUACUGGGAGGGGAGUCAUGUGCCGGUGGGCUUGAUCGUCGCAGCAGUACUGGCAUCCCUCCCUCUGGUAGGAGGAGUCGUAGCCUUCUGGCUUAUAAAGUGCAGGUCUUACCAAGACAUCCUGUGACUGCCCUCGCCACACCUGUCUGCAACUCAGGAUCUCAGGUUCCCAGGACUUCGGUCCCCAGGAAUGGAGGAUGAAAGAGAGGUGUCUCGAGGAAGCAGAGAGCAAUCCCAAGACAGCUCGCAUCACACCCCUUGCCUACUUUAAGAGAAUUUAAGCAUCCUGUCUGUUUAGAAGCUCACGUGGUUCUUAAGAACAGAAGUGCAAACUCAGAUACCUACCAGGGACAAGCAGAGAAGUGCCGAAGCGGGGGCACCUGUGGCCAUUGUUUAAACGCCGGAGCCUGCAGAGACCUGGAAAGCCCUUGUCCUGUCCAAGGGAAGCAGAUUCCUUGUUGUCAAAUAGGAAGUCAGACCCUGGGUUGGCUGUGACCGACAUUUUUCAAGAAAAGCAGAAGUCUGGAUUUUCAUGUGAGCGUACCUGAUAUU